GUCUGUGUCAGUUGUUAGCCGAAUUCCACAGAGUAGAGUUACAUUGUUUUUAUAUUAAUUUAGUGCAUUAUAAAACUUUUGCUUAGUAAAUCCGUGUUCAUGAAAACAUGUAAUAUUGAAUUAGAUUCGUGUAGCUAUCGUUUCUGUGGUGUUAAUAGUACAGUGAUCUAGUGAUGUGGCUUUGUUGGCCUGAAGUAACGGUAUAGUGUCUUGUGUGAACUUUGUGGGUUCUGUUUUUGAGAAGGCUACCUUCGAGCCAGUUUUCUAUAAGACACAGGAUGCUGCGUCACUUGUGAUUUUGGCACACGAAAAUCAAUGAUCCGUAAAAUGGAGCUACGAUGGUGGCUCAGUCUGUGGGCUGCAUGUUUCUUUUCAUCUGGGUCAUCAAACAUGCUGCCAGUUUUCACACAAGAUAUGAAUAACUUACCAUUGUCAGAGAGUACACCGAUAGGAGAGAUUGUGUACACACUGCAGGGAAUGGAUCCUGAAGGACUACCAAUAAAAUAUGACUUAGUGGGCACUGACAAGUUCAAAGUUGAUCCUGUGACCGGAAAUGUAACUUUAGUUCGGCAAUUGGAUAGAGAAACUGAAGACACUCUAAAAUUCCUCGUGUCCAUAGAGGAGCAGAAUCCUGAUCCGAAGCAGAAACUGGUCCAGCUGCAACCAGUCACAGUCAUAGUUUUGGACGAGAAUGACAACCCGCCUACUUUUAAAAAUAGCCCUUAUGAAAUAGAUGUGCCUGAAGAUGAAGCGAUAGGAAAGACAAUCCUGACUAAUAUUUUAGUUGAAGAUAAAGAUUCGGUUGGAGACAACCUAGAGGUUGGGUGUUUGGAUGACCAGUGGCCCGAAGCGUGCGAUGCUUUCGUAGUGGUGACCCUGAAUUCCACAGCUAACCACUACACUGGAGAAUUAAUCCUCAAAAAACAACUCGACUAUAAUGAGAAGCAAUUCUAUCAGUUCCAGUUAUAUGCUACAGAUGGUACACUAAACUCAACAGCUCACGUAGAGGUAAAAGUGAUAGAUGUACAGAAUUCCCCACCGGUGUUUAGUGGAUCAUUAACAGGAGCCUUAGCUGAAGACGCUCCAGUAGGAUCCCUUGUGUUGACAGUGAAGGCCAGAGAUGCUGAUAGAGCACAGCCAAGAAACGUGAAGCUGGAGCUGGUCACAAAUCCAUUGGAUUUCUUUCUACUAGACAGCACUACAGGCGAGCUAAGAACAGCAAAGCCUCUCGAUAGAGAAGCAUUAGCUGAUCCUUCUUCUCCACUCAACCUUACUGUUCGAGCCACAGAAAUAGUAAACGGUUCCCCCCUAAUCUCCGAUCUGACAAGUACAUUAGCAACUAUAACGGUGACAAUUAAAGACGUGAACGACGAACCGCCAAGGUUUAACAGAAGAGAAUAUUCCUUGGAAAUACCUGAAAGUCUACCUGUGGGCACGCCAUUGCCUAACCUUGAUAUGGUCAUCACUGAUACUGAUGUCGGCCAAAACUCAGUGUUUUCAAUACGACUGUCGGAUGAACUCGGCGCAUUUGUAGUAGAACCGGCCACAGCCACUGGGUCUGCUUCAGUGACUCUCAGACUAAAUUCCAGUCUGAACUUCGAGGAUCCUAAUCAGAGAAAGUUUAUUUUGGAAGUAAUCGCAGAAGAAAUCUACACUUCUCCCCGUCUUUCGUCCAAAGCCAGUGUGACGAUUUCCCUCACAGACGUGAACGAUAAUGCUCCAAUAUUCUCAGACGAUCAAUAUUCAGCUACCGUCGCUGAAGCAGCGCCAGCUGGUACCAGGGUUACAGUGGUUGAAGCUACUGACAGAGAUACUGGGAGAUUUGGAACUGAUGGCAUAGUAUACCAACUGUCGGGAAACGGAGCGGAACUCUUCAGAGUAGACAACAGGAGCGGAGUCAUUACUGUAGCUCCAUGUCCUACGCCUGGAGUUCCACCAUGUUUGGACUUUGAGACUAGAAAGGACUAUUUCUUGCAAGUCAAGGCUACAGACGACGAUGGGUCAGGUCAAAUGUCAGUGGUGUCUCUUCAGAUAUCGCUGACUGAUUCUAAUGAUAACCCACCCGUGUUCAACACACCAGUCUACAAGGCAUCUAUCGAUGAAGAUGCUAUCAAAUUUGAACCAGAAUUGCAGGUGCAAGCUCGCGAUGUGGACGCCAGGUCGGAGCUCCGCUACUCGGUCAUCGAACCGGCGACGCACCCCUUCUGGAUCGACCCGCUCAGUGGCCGGAUCUUAGUGCGAAGUGAAUCUGGUGUCAGCGCGCCCACUGAAAAUGAUAACAAGAUUGUUCUUACUGUUCUGGCUACAGAUGGAGUUCACAAUGCUACAUGCUUAGUAGAGAUCAGCGUUCGCGAUGUGAACAACCACGCACCAGUGUUUGAUAUUGAUAAGUAUGAUGCCGAUGUGCCUGAAGAUGCUCCAAAUGGCACUGAAGUAGCGGCAGUAAGAGCAACAGAUAUGGAUAGCGGCAUCAAUUCUCAAAUCAAAUAUGGAAUCCAAAAAGGAGCUUUGGAUUCCUUCAUCAUCGAUAACGUAACUGGCGUGGUCUCUGUGUCUUCUAAACUUGAUUAUGACAAGAGAAAUACUUAUAGGAUACAAGUCUUGGCUACUGAUAUGGGAAUGCCAAGCCUAACUGGCACUGCCGAACUAACAAUUCAUGUCAUCAACGUAAAUGACAAAAAGCCUUAUUUCACACCCGCUAUCCAAAGAGCUGAAGUCUCUGCUGAUGCAGAACUUGGAACAAUAGUUCAUAAUCUAGUGGCAAUAGACCCUGAUAUCACUGACGAUGGACAGUUGGUUUAUGAACUUGCGACUGAUAUAAUUCUUAAAGCUGUAGAUAGGAAUGGAAAAGAGGUGUCUGGCGAAGGCAUAUUUGGCUCGUGGUUCUCAAUCCAACCAAACGGUAGUGUUAUUGUAAGCCAGAGACUUGAUAGAAGUAGAGCUGCAGUUCUUACAUUGCCGGUCAGAGUUACUGAUGCAUCGGCUACUACGUUACAACAAAGCGAUGGCGAACUAAUAAUAACAAUAGUGGAUGUCAACCGCCAUUCACCAGUAUUCACACAACCAGCAUAUACAGAGAAGUUUCGAGAAGAACAAUCGAUAGGAACCGUCCUCAAUACAUACACUGCCACUGAUAAGGAAACUCCGAUCGCUGCUAUACUCAUACAACCACCUAGUCCUUAUUUCGAAAUUGAUAAUGUCACAGGUGUAGUAAAAUCAACACAGCGGAUAGACUAUGAAAAGAUUCAUAGUAUAAACUUUACUCUCGUCGCUCUCGACUCUGGAGUGCCACAACUAUCCACCUCAGCAUCGGUUACUGUUGAAAUAUUAAACGAUAAUGAUGAAGAACCAGAAUUUGCUGCAACCGCUUAUGACGCUGCCGUACCUGAACAUAGUGCUCCUGGAACUAAAGUAGUUACUGUUACCGCUAUUGAUAAAGAUGAAGGUGAAUUCGGGGAAGUAACAUACAGUUUAACCGGUGCACUGUCACAUUUAUUUACAAUCAAUCCUAAUACUGGAGUCAUCACCAUCGCAGAAAACGCAGACAUUGACAGAGAAAACAUAACUGAUAUAUGGCUCAGGGCAGUCGCUAGCGAUAACGCGCCGAUACUGACUAGGAGAUCUACUAGUGUUCCUGUACACAUAAAAGUGCUCGAUAUAAACGACAACACACCAGUUUUCUCCCAGAAAGUCUACAAGAGCACCAUCGCCGAGAACUUGAGGCUGGAUCCCCCCGCAGCCAUUGUUCAGAUUAUGGCUGAUGAUAAAGAUGAGGGGAUAAACGGGAAGAUUGAAUACAGCAUCGUUGAGCAAAGUGGAGAUGGCAUAUUCACGGUAGAUCCUUCGAAUGGCAUCAUCUACCCCGCGAAGCCCGUCGUGGGCAACACAACUUACCAUUUAACAGUCACAGCUACAGACGAAGCAGGCAACGGCGUCCAUUUCGAUACAUCCAGGGUCGACAUCACAGUGUUGAGUGUUAACAAACACAGCCCUGUGUUUGUAGAACCACCGCCAGAGCAGAGACAGUUGGAGAUUCCUGAGAAUGCAGCUCAAGCAGAUUUUUUAAUAACCACAAUAAAAGCCACGGACGAGGACACGGGAGAGAACGGUCGAGUUUCCUACUACCUGAAGGUGGACAAUCAAAACGUUGGAGAAACCGCUGAGUUCAGUUUGGAUCGGGUUUCAGGAGAGCUGAGGACGAAGACAUUCCUGGAUAGGGAGCAUAAAGCUGAAUACCAGCUGGUGAUAGCCGCAGUGGACAACGGCACCCCAGCGCAGUUUGAAAAUCUUCGGCUCCUGACUGUGGUCUUGUCCGAUGAUGACGACAACACGCCUAAGUUCCAACAUCUUCUCUACAACUUCAACGUUAAGGAGAACCUGCCGUCUGGCAUCAUUAUUGGAUCAGUCAAAGCCACAGACAAAGAUUCGGGCGAGCACGGGAAGGUAUACUAUCACCUACUGGAAGGCAAUCAAGAUGGCGCCUUCACUGUGGACAGAACUCAGGGCAUCAUCAGGGCCAACAUUAGCUUUGAUCGGGAAACGAAAUCCGAGUACUCGCUAACAAUAUAUGCCAGUAACAGCCCUCUCUUAGAAAACGGCGUUACAAUACUUCAUUCCCUGGACAACAAUACUGAGAGCCAGGACCCUAGUGCUACUUUUGUGAAGAUCAAGAUUCUGGAUGAAAACGACAACGCUCCGAAGUUUCAACAUAAAGUUUAUUAUGCAGGCAUCAAACACACAGCCAGGAUAAAUGAACCGAUCCUCUCAGUAGUAGCCGAAGACCCCGAUUUAGAAGAUAACGGCACACUGGUCUACAUGGUCGCUGCUUCUAACUUGUACAAGUUUGGAGCCUCCAAGUCUAGUGGAAGCGUAGUACCAUCGCCUUUUAACAUCAGCCAAGAUGGUAUAAUACAAACGGCCCACUACAUGUCAGAGUACAACCAGGACCGGUUCGUUCUGGACAUCAUAGCUCAAGAAGUCGCUCCCCCACAUCGGCAAGCGAAGGCGCAAGUUUUUAUAUGGAUCAUCGACCGUUCAUCUCUGAUUCGGAUGGUGGUCUCCCGAAGUUGUUCAGAUCCAGUAGACGGAGUUCAGAGGAGACUCGCUGAUGCGAGCAGAUCUUUAUUGGUGAUGGGAAGAAGACUACCUCUGGUUCAGGCUGACAAGCGAUAUGACCAUUGGUGCGAAGUUCACCUGCACGCAGUAGACCCAGCGACAUAUCAGGUGCUGCCAGUGGAGAAGGUGUUGGAGACGGUCGACUCCAAGUACGACGAGCUGAAGGACGUGUACCAGGAGUAUGGAGUGGAAACCUUGAUUGCUGCUAGCGCUUCGUCGAAAGCACCUGAUAGCUUCGAUCCAGCACUAGCGGCGCUGAUAGCAUUACUAAUAGUGCUGUUUACUGGAAUCGUCACAUUCGUUGUAGUCUGCGCGUGUCUCAAGCAUUGGGUAAUACCGCCGUCAUCAAUGCAGUCCAGCAAGGGCGACAGUCUCGCAAGGAAAAGAAUACUAGAAGAAUUGAGCACAACUGAGAAUCCGUUAUGGUUGGAGACCAAACUCCGGCCGUAUGAAGAACAAGAACUGACUAUGAACGUGUUUGGUGAUCAGAACGAACAGAAUGUUCUUGAGCAACCUCCGACGGACAACACGUACGCGACGAUCGCGCGCGGGCGCGCGGGCGAGCGCUGCGGCUUCCAGGGAAGCACCUUCAAGCCACCUUCUCCAAAUACUCCAGAGCCUCCUCCGAGGCCGACAGGGAUGGGCGCGCUAUGACAACAUGCAUAAUAACGCGCUGUGACCACUAUAUCGUCGGAAUACGUAACGAUAACAAGAGUAAAGUUGAUUUCAUAGUUGAAUGGUGCAACGCACCCUUAAAUACCGUUGCUGUGCAGAGAAAUGCAAAGUACGCCAUUUUAUCUAAAUUACGGCGGCACGCGGGUUAAAGUUAACGUCAAAGUUGACUGGUGCAAUCCACUCUAAGUGUGGGUUGCAACGUCACCUUUGUGACGUGAAGUUGCCAUUUUCUCUAAACGUCAGCGGCACGCCGGUGAAGUCAACGUCAAAUUUGGCCAUGCAACUUACCCUAAAUGUGCUCGAUUUAUAAGUCUUAGAAGAGCGAUUCACGAAUUCUCCCGGUUGUCCUCAGUGAGACAAGGCGGUGCAACGCGCGCGUCGCAAACAUCAAUACGUAUAAUUAUAUAUAAUUAAAGCGAUGUCUUUUACUGUGUUCGUGUUUAUACAGGACACAGUCAUAAAC